UGACAGAAGAAACGAAGUUUACACGUCACAACAGUCAUUCUCAGUCGGUUAACAUUGUAGAAAAGUGAAACGUUGUAUUUGGAAGCCGCCGUCGUGUUGUACACAAGACUGUUUUUAAUUUAAGAAAUUAUUAAAUAAAAUCGAAAUCAUGUUCAAAGCUUUAUUCAUUUCCUUUGCCUUGUUGGCUGUGGCUAGCGUAAGUUUGGCCGGUGAUGAAGAAACCUCUGCCCGCUUGUUGGUCUCCAAACAGAUCUUGAACAAAUACUUGGUGGAGAAGAGCGAUUUGUUGGUGCGUUACACUAUCUACAAUGUUGGAAAUGGUGCCGCUACCAAUAUCAAAUUGGUUGACAAUGGUUUCCAUCCUGAAGCUUUCGAAAUUGUUGGUGGCAAACCAACUGCCAGCGUUGAACGUCUUGCCCCACAAGCCAACUACACACACGUUGUUGUUGUAAGACCCAAGUCCCAUGGUUAUUUCAAUUUCACCGCUGCUGAGGUUUCUUACAAACCUGUUGAAGAAGCCGAAAAGAUCCAAUUGGCUGUCAGUUCUGAACCUGGUGAGGGUGGCAUCGUCAACUUAGGCGAAUUCAACAAACGUUUCUCUUCUCACUUCUUCGAUUGGGUUGCUUUUGCCAUCAUGACUCUGCCCUCUUUGGCCAUUCCAUUGGCUUUGUGGCACUCAUCCAAGAGCAAAUACGAACGUCACGGCAAAAACAAGAAACAUUAAAUAGUGAU